AUGCGGGGCGAGUCGGCGCUGGUGGCGCUGGUGGCGUGCUGGUGCGCCGCCGAGGCCACGCUGGUGUGCAGCAACACCACCUUCUGCGAGAUGGUGACGUGCGAGCGGGUGGACGCGGGCAGAUGCGCGGGCGAAGUACGGCCCAACGCCACCAUGUGGGUGCCUAUUGCCCAGAAUACAAUGGUAGGCGACGCCAAGGAACAAGAUAUACUUGGGAAUGUAGUCCUGGGUCUCUGUGCAUCAAUAAUCAGUGCACAAAAAUAGAAACAACUACAGCAACUUUGGAAACAGUAGUGUAGAGUUCAGAUACCAAUUUUUUUGUAAGUAUUUUAUUCCAGAAGGAAAAUGUAAACGGAUAAAUAAAUUGGAAACCGAAUAAAUUGGAGUAAUAAUAUUUCAUAAUAAAUUGCAAUUGUAUAUAAUAUUUCAUAAUGAAUUGUAAUGAAA